UUUGAUGGCGGUUUCUUGGUGGAGGCAUAGACUGCAGUGUAUUGUUAUCGUGCGGGGGGUUAUACGGUAUCACGGUGUGUUAGACCAUGGAUUAAAUUUACACCGAAAUAUCCCUUUAACAUUAUUACACCUGGCUAACGGUAUCCAACCUUAGUGCGCACCUGUCCAGUUCAAGACAACAGACUUGUAUAUAGCUUUAAAUAAGUCUGACUUUAUUCACUCUCAGUAUUCACACUUUUGUUUAUCGCUCGUCUCGCUCCCUCUAUCCCCAAAUUGAUUGUUCAACUCUGUGUGGCACAGUGUUGGAACACUGGGGUCGUAGAGACGCGGUACUGAUAGUGCAGCCGCCCCGAGACGGAGGGAGCUGCGUUAAAACGCUGUCGUCACGUGUAAGAAAUAUUGAACGUCGCUGAUGUGCUUACACGAAAAAUUUAGUACGUAGUCUUAAAUAGUCUAGUACAGAGAAGGACGAACAUUCCCUGAUGGCGUACAUAUACCUUGUCUCGUGCAACUGACAAGAACUGACUUAUAAGAACUCUGGAUGUAUUUUACGCCAUCUAGGCAGUCAACAGAGCACCCAAUGUAUACUAGAGGCUAAAUAAACCACUUAAUUGCGCUAACGGCUGAAUUAUUGGCUAGUGGAUCGUGCAAAGUACGCAGGGCACGUGAAGGCAACACAAGCGUGGGCAUUGUAUGCUGUGGUGGUGUGACAGAAGGCGGACAACAUGACGAGCUGCUGCAAGCACGGCACCGGGCUGGCCUCGCCGACUUGCUUGGUGUAAAGGUAAGUCCGUCUAACGUUUAAACCGGCAAGUCACAGCAAACUUGUUGAAAACUUUUGUUAGCCGACUAGCUAGCCUGGAGACGCCAUCCCGAAACAACGAUACAUGUUGACGCCGUCAUCUGACUGAACGGAGAUGGUGACAGUAUCAACUGGCGGACACAGGGCACAUUCUCUGUCAAACACAGCUGACCUGUCCCUCCUGAGACAAUUCACUCACAUGUUGCUUGGAUUUUUGUUGCCUGAAUGACUCCUUCACAUCUGGCUAAACUGUUGCUUCUGCGCCCCUUGCAGGCGAGCGGAGCCGCCAUGGGGACGCGGUGGUCACGUAGCGGCAGCAGCCUGUCUCUCAUCCCGGAGGGGCAGAGCUUUGAGCGGCGGGGAGAGGACAGAGACUCCGACAACGAGUCGUUGGAUGGGCUCGGCAGACGGGAGGACAUAGCCCAGUUCCCAUACGUGGAGUUCACGGGCAGGGACAGUAUAACGUGUCCGACAUGUCAGGGGACUGGAAGAAUACCCUCAGAUCAAGUGAAUGAACUGGUUGCAUUGAUCCCAUACAGCGACCAAAGGCUGCAGCCCCAAAGAACGAAGCUGUAUGUGGUCAUCUCAGUCGUGUUGUGCCUCCUCGCGUCUGCGCUCGUCGCCUUCUUCCUUUUCCCUCGCACCGUGGUCGUGGUGGAUGAUGGGAUACACUCGGUGACUGUGCGCUUCGACCACACCAAUAUGAAGGUCCUGAUGAACAUGACGAGCACUCUGAACCUGACCAACCCAAACUUCUUCUCGGUGCUGGUGCAGAGUGUGAGCUGCCAGGUCCUCUACAUGAAGACGGUGAUCGGCACGCAGCAGCUGAACAACGCCACCACCAUCCUGCCGCUCAGCGAGAGUCAGGUCAACUAUACGGUCAGCGUGGAGAUUGGCAGCAGCGCACCAUACGUCUAUGCCUUCUGCACCAUGCCCAGCAUAAAGGUCCACAACAUUGUGGUAUAUAUGCAAACCACGGUGAAAACCUCAUACAUGGUGCGAACAUCCCAGAACAGCCUGGAGGACUAUCACUACAUAGACUGUGGCUCCAACACCACACACCACCAGACGGCAAGGCAGCACCAGCACCUCUCCUCCACCCUCACACCAGCCACAACCACAGCAGUCGGCACCCCUCUGCUGUGAGAGGAAAGACAGCGAUCACGUUUUUUUCUUUUCACGAUGGAUUUUUUUCCAAACAAAACCACCAGCAGCAAAAUACCAAAUGGUGCUUUUCUUUGAGGCUCGCACAGGAAAGGUAACAUUAAGUAGCUGGGUUUUUGGAAAACUUGAGUUUUCACUGGACAGGCCAGAGGGAACAGAUGAGUGGUUUGUUAGUCACCGAUAUUUCUCGCCACUUUUUUAACUUGCAUUUGAAGCGCUUGAUCUCACCAUGUCUGCCAAGUGUAUAAAUGCAGUUUGGUAAUUUCAGACACUCAGCGCUCUGAGGCUUCGUGUUGGAAGCUGGACAGAGGAAGCUCUUUUCUUAAAGGGGAACAGCCAACAAACAAGUGGCACUGAUGGCACUUUGUCCUAGCUUUAAUUAACACUGCAUCAGGAGAGUACUCCCCAGCAUUGCUUGAAUGACUUUUGGUAUUGUUACACUGUAGAAGAAGGAGCUGGCCUGCUGUUACUGUUCUGGAUUUAAUGCAGCUACAGGAGGGACUGUUUCAUGACUGUUUUUGCACCUUGAAACCGGGACAUACUGUUAAACACAUUGCUUUGGCUGUGUUAUUUAACUCUUUCUGAAACAUAUCACAGAUGUUUUUAAAUGAAUUGAUAAGUUAUUUCUUGGUACCUCUCAUCACAGCAGGUCGAAACACUCUGAUUUUAAAUGCGGGGUUAUAUUGUAGGUCCAUAGUGUUACAGAGAGGGAGGCUUUUCUCAGACUGGAUUUCUUAAAGUAUCAGCUCAUGUGUUGAUGUGAUUGACUGAUUGUGUUACUGUUAUCUGAAGUAUCCUAGCUACACCCCUGUGGCUUAUUGAUCAGUCUCAUCACAGACUGAAACCUGACAUCAUCAAAAUACUUCUGCUACAGUAUCUGCUCUGUAAACAUUCGUCUGUUGUGACUUCAUGACUUGAAAAUGGAGACAAAGUGAAACAAGUGUGAUUUGAGUUUUUUUUUCUAUUUUUUUUUUUUUUUAAGGGACUUUGUACAUUUAUGAAAGAUUUUACCAUGUAUUUUUAAAAAUACAGUUUUCUGUCAUGAUUGGUUCUAAAAUACAUUAAAACAAGUUGUGAAUAAAUAAAUAAUUACCAAUU